AUGUGCUCCAAGUUCUCUGCAUUUUUCUCGCUGCUUCUGCUCGCAUUCGAACUUACUCAAACAUACACAAAAUUCGAGUUUACCAACGUCAUCUGCACUUGUUUGGACAAAUCAUUUUUGUCCUUCGAAUACUGCUACCUGAAGUCUAUCAAUCGGACAUACAAGUUUGGAUCGAUAAAAGUGAAUCUCUAUAAAGCGCCUGUUUCCAAGAUUCGCCUUAAUCUAGCAAUUUACCAACGCUUGAACGGAUAUAAACCGUUUCUGUACAACGUCACAAUCGACGCCUGUAAGUUCUUAGCCAACAACAAGUCUUCUCCAGUGGCUAGAUUUAUUUUUAACCUUUUUGGUCCAUACUCAAACAUAAACCAUACGUGCCCCUAUAACAAUCCUAUUAUAGUUGACAAGGCUCCUACUUCUCACAUGGACUAUCAGUUGACAAAUGUUUUACCAUUUCCCAAAGGACAAUAUGGCUUCCACAGUAUUUGGACUGUGUAUGGGAUACAGCGAGCCCAUGUAAAUGUAUAUGGUACUCUAUCAUAG